AAGAUUUCCCCCUCCGUUGUGCUAUCGAAUGGUUACAGAUUCAUUUCUUUUAAAUGAUCGGCCACAUCGUUCAAGCCCCUCAGCUCAGCUCGACUUGACGCGUCGGCGUUUUGGAUGCGGUGUGUUUUCACUGCAGAUCAGCGUCUCUCUACUCACCCAGAAUAUGAUUUAGUGUUGGAAGGAAUUUCAACAGGGUAUACCAGUCUACUGACUACCACGGGAGUCCCUUUCUGUUUUUUUUUUUUUUUACCAACACGAACGUCAAGAGACCACAUCGCCGCAGAGAUUACCGGAGAUUUUCUUUGAACACCCUAAAUGGACUAAAGAAGCCUCGUUUUACGGGAUUUUAACUCUGUUCGCCCUCACUCGUUGAAGCUGUAGUUUUAUUUCCUUUUUUUUUUUAAUCCAGAGGAGAUAGCCUAUCUGUGGACAUAAUGAAAGUUAUCUUGGCUAUGCUGCUUGUUGCUGUUUUUUUGAGCCAGGAGUGGGAGUCGGUGCUCUCGGAUUCAAUCAUCCACAUCGGUGCCAUCUUUGAUGAGUCCGCACGGAAAGAUGACGAAGUGUUUCGUCUCGCUGUGGCAGAUCUCAAUUUGAACAACGAAAUCUUGGAGACUGAGAAAAUCACCAUCUCUGUGGAAUUCGUUGAUGGAAACAAUCCUUUCCAGGCAGUGCAAGAAGCAUGCGAACUGAUGAAUCGUGGUAUCUUGGCUCUAGUCAGCUCGAUUGGCUGCAUGUCGGCGGGCAGCCUCCAGACCCUGGCUGAUGCCAUGCACAUCCCCCACCUCUUCAUCCAACGCUCAACAGCAGGAACACCCCGUUCCACCUGCCCGCACACCAGUCGCAUUCCUGGAUCAGAUGACUACACCCUCAUGGUUCGCCCACCUGUGUACCUCAACGAAGUCAUCAUGCAAGUGAUUUCCGAGUAUAGCUGGCAGAAGUUUGUCCUCUUCUACGAUUCUGACUUUGAUAUCCGUGGUAUCGAGGAUUUCCUAGAUCGGACCUCUCAGCAAGGAAUGGACGUGUCCCUUCAGAAGGUUGAAUCUAAUAUCAACAUGAUGAUCACAAGUCUGUUCAGAACAAUGCGCGUGGAGGAGCUGCACCGCUAUCGGGAUACGCUACGCAGAGCUGUGCUGUUCAUGAGCCCAGCUACUGCCAAGGCUUUUAUAACUGAGGUGGUGGAGACCAACCUGGUUGCCUUCGAUUGUCAUUGGAUCCUGAUUAAUGAGGAGAUUACAGACUAUGACUUACAGGAGUUAGUCAUGAAGUCAAUCGGCCGGCUGACGUUGAUACGCCAGCUGUUUCCAAUGCCACAGAACACAAGUCAGCGCUGUGUCAAACACAACCACAGGAUUAACACUUCCCUCUGUGACCUGAAAAAUCCAAAGGCUCAGCAGCUGGAGAUCAGCAACCGCUACAUCUACGAUAGUGUGUUGCUGCUGGCCAAUUCCUUCCACAGAAAGUUGGAGGACAGGAAAUGGCACAGCAUGGCCAGUCUGAGCUGUAUCAGGAAGAACUCCAAGCCGUGGCAGGGAGGCAAGAGCAUGCUGGAUACCAUCAAAAAGUUUGGAGUGAGUGGUCUCACCAGUUUCUUGGAGUUCACUGACAACGGCACGAAUCCCAACAUCUUCUUUGAAAUCCUGGGAACGAAUUACGGAGAAGACAGGGGACGAGGAGUCACCAAGCUGGCCACAUGGGACCCAGUUCAUGGAUUAAACGGCACCCUAACAGACAGGAAAUUGGAAAAUAACAUGAGAGGAGUUGUGCUACGAGUCGUCACUGUUCUGGAGGAGCCGUUUGUGAUGGUGUCUGAGAAUGUGCUGGGGAAACCAAAGAAGUACCAGGGCUUUUCCAUCGAUGUCCUCGAUGCUCUGUCCAGUUAUCUGGGCUUUAAGUACGAGAUCUACGUUGCUCCAGACCACAAAUAUGGCAGCUUGCAGCCCGACGGUCAGUGGAAUGGACUGAUGGGGGAAUUGGUUUUUAAGCGAGCCGACUUGGGGCUUUCUGCUUUGACCAUCACGCCUGAGCGGGAGAGCGUUGUCGACUUCACCACGCGCUACAUGGAUUAUUCUGUGGGCGUCUUGCUCCGCAAGGCCGAGCGCACCGUGGACAUGUUCGCCUGCCUCGCACCCUUCGACCUCUCGCUGUGGGCCUGCAUCGCAGGCACCGUGCUCCUCGUUGGCAUCCUGGUGUACUUACUCAACUGGCUCAACCCACCGCGGCUGCCCAUGGGAUCCGUGUCCUCAACCACACUCUACAAUUCCAUGUGGUUUGUGUACGGCUCCUUUGUACAGCAAGGAGGAGAAGUUCCCUACACCACCCUGGCAACCAGGAUGAUGAUGGGAGUUUGGUGGAUGUUUGCGCUCAUUGUCAUCUCUUCUUACACUGCCAAUCUAGCAGCGUUCCUCACCAUCACACGCAUAGAGAACUCCAUACAGUCUCUGCAAGACUUAUCCAAGCAGACGGAGUUGCCUUACGGUACGGUGUUAGACUCAGCAGUAUAUGAUCAGGUGCGCUCCAAGGCUAUGAACCCUUUCGAGAGAGAUCCCAUGUACUCCCAGAUGUGGCGGAUGAUAAAUCGCACCGGAGGAGGAGAUAAUAACGUUGAAGAUUCGAAGGAGGGUAUUCGCAAGGUGAAAUAUGGGCGGUUUGGCUUCAUUUGGGAUGCAGCAGUGCUGGAGUACGUUGCUAAUAAUGAUGAAGAUUGUUCCUUCAACACUGUCAGCAACAGCGCGCCAGACCGUGGGUAUGGUAUUGCCAUGCAGCACGGCAGCCCCUACAGGGACAUCUUCUCCCAGAGAAUCCUGGAACUCCAGCAGAAUGGUGACAUGGACAUACUUAAACUGAAGUGGUGGCCCAAGGACACCCCCUGUGAUCUCUACAACUCCAUCCAGACACGACAGCGCGGCAAUGCUCUUGAUAUCCACAGCUUUGCUGGUGUUUUCUGCGUCCUGGCCGCCGGCGUGGUGCUCUCCUGCCUCAUUGCUAUGGUGGAAAGCUGGUGGUCGCGACGGAAGGGAUCCAGAGUCCCCUCCAAGGAGGACGAUAAGGAGAUCGACUUGGAGCACCUACACCACCGGGUUAACAGCUUGUGCACCGAGGAUGAAAGCCCCCACAAGCAAUUCUCCACCUCUUCCGUCGAUUUAACACCCCUUGACAUGGAUGCUCUGCCUGCUGCCCGCCAGGCACUCGAGCAGAUCAGCGAUUUCCGCAACACUCACAUCACCACCACCACCUUCAUCCCCGAGCAGAUCCAGACCCUUAGCCGUAGUCUCUCUGCCAAAGCUGUCGCUGGAUUUUCUACUGGUUUUGGUGGUGGUGGCCUCCAGGACCACCGGACUGGCGGGGUUGGCCCUUUCAGGCAGAGGGCCCCAAACGGCGGCUUCUUCCGAAGCCCCAUUAAAACUAUGUCCUCCAUCCCCUACCAGCCUACAGGUCCAGGACCCAACUUUGGAUAUGGCAAUGAUCCAGACAGGGGCACCUCCAUAUGAGGAGUUGCUGUGGAUACAGUUGGUUCAGGAGGAAGGGUAGAAGGAAAAGGAGGGGGUUAGAGUACAUCAUGGUGUGGUUGAACCAAUGUUUUUUGGUUAGGUUGAAAAGUCAGAGAAUAGAGAUACGUGUACAUAGCAAUCCUUAUGUUUUGAGUUUCUGCUUGGGUGAUUCCAGGGGUGUCUAUUUUGUACGUGGAGAAAAACGAAGGAGAUGGAGUUCUGCUAGGGCAUUUCUUCUCCUCCUGCCAAUCACGCUGGUGAGGCGCAAAAAGGGAAAAGGGCAGGGGAGGGGCUUGAUUCUUUGCUUUAUUGUUGUUGUUCUUGUGAUUGUUUGAGGAAUUAUUUUGGGAGAUAUUUCUGAAAGGGAAGAUUUUUUUAAUUAUUGUUUCUGUUUUAUGACGUGAAGACUCUUUCAUGCAGUGGAAGAAUGCUGAAAUGACCGGACUCCUUUUACUCUCUGAAGCCUCUCUCAGAGGAGUUCAGUUUAUACAAGUCCAACACCAAGAAGUACUAUAUUCUUGUUAACUCUGGAGCUUUCAUUUACAGAUGAUUUGGUGGUCCCUUUAGCCAUGAAGCAAACCACUAAGCAAUGAUGGGGCUGUAAUUUGAUGAAGACAUAGACUAGACUGCUAUGUUAGAUAUACAAUAUCUUCAGCUCUGCACCAUGCGGCGGCCCCUUGUAGUGUUUGGAAAGGGCCGCAUCUCAGUGAAUAUUGAAGACCAUUUUUCUCCAAUAUAACUCUGCCUUUUCACUAUUUGGGAGUCUAUAACUUAGUUUUUCUUCUCUGGUGUUGUUAUGCCAGUACCCAGGAUUCUAGAUGUGCAAUCAUCUUCAGGAUGGUGUCCACACGGUGGUCUGGCCACACCUAAGACUUCGCAGCUGAGCACAUGCUGACGCCUCCGUGGUGGGUCAGUCUGAAACCAUCGAAAUGCCAUGACAGUACAACAGUCUCAUCACUGUAGAGCCACCAGUUGGGUGCAUCCAAUCUUAAACUCCUUCUGCCAUUUUGGUGCAUCAACCUGAAACUGUUUUCACCAUUUUGAUGCACAUCUAACUCUUUGUCAAUCCCUCUGCACUGUACCAGUGCCCACAGAACUGUAAGUGAUUGUAUGUAGAUCUUACCUUUUCUUUUCUCACCUGUAUUGUGCUAUCUGCUUUUCAAGUGGAGGUGGGAUCCUCUAAUCAGACUCUCAGAGGUACAGUCGAAGUGGACUAUACAAGCAGAGAUAAUGAGAGAAAAAAAAACAUAAAGAUGAGCUGAAAGACUUCAAAAAGUUUAUGCUUAUUAUAUGUCUUUUAUUGACUUUUGUUUUGAGAAAAAAAGAAAAAAAAAGAUUUUAAUGCGUGGAAUGUGUUUUGGUCAGGAAGUACAAAAAAAUGCCAUUGUUCUGAACUGUCCAUAUGUUUUUUCUCUCAGCAAACUAUGAAAAUCUGCUAAACAAGUGCUGUAGUCUCUGGUGUUUUGGUCUCAACUCAUUCAAACUUGGGCUUUUGAUUUAUGUCUGUUUUGCUUACUUUUAGUGCUCCCAUCACCCACGUGUUUAACGGCUAAAAUCUCCCUCUGCAAUGCCAUGUCAUGUUCAGGUUCACUAAUCACUUAUCGGGUUCAAGUGGUGAAAUGGAGUUGAUUUUUUUGUUGAAGAGAAGCCAAUGCAAAGGCACCUUCAGCACAAGCCUUAUUUGCCAUUUAGCUCGCUGUACCUUCCACUUAAAUCCGAAACACGGCUGUGUGCUGGAGGUUUUUCAGAGCAGGAUCGCUGUGCGUCAUGGGAGUGUCUGGAAAAGUCGAUGGCCAUUGGGACCCAAUGUCUGCCUUUUAUGAGACGAAUCCCACAUGCACUUCUCAUAUUGCUCAUCUUAAGGGUACUGUUUAUAUGACUUGUUGUUUUUUUGUUUGUUUUUUUUCUUUUAAGUGCCAAUUUAUUCAAAAAGGACCAUGCUUUUCUGUGGUGGGGAAUGGGACAUUAGAGGCAUUAAAAAGGAAUAUUUUGUGGAUUAAAGGGGUGGGUUGGUAAAAUGGAACCAAACUUUUUUCACUAACACUGUAUUAAUAAUUGAUAAUGUUAGUUUCUUAGAGCAAGUUUGUUUCAGUUUGUCAUCUUUAAGAACUAAAACUGCAAAUCGUUGUACGUAGAGAUCUCAGUCAAGCCAGUGUUUUGAGACGAGCAUUCUUAGGAGUUCUUUUCUUAUAUUAGGCUACAUAAUGGCUAUUGAAUGACAAAUAGGACACAUGCAUUUAAAAAGAUUUAUUUAGUAUAAAUGAAAGAGACCUUAUAAAAAUGUAUAUUUUACAUGUUGAUGUUAUUUUUGUUUAACAAAAAGAAAAGACUAUAUCAUAUUGAGCUUUAGUGUUGAGUUGAGAGUUGAGCCGUCACAUUACUGCCUUUGGUUUUCCCUGCCCUACCCACGGUAAACAUAAACCCAAAUGCACUAAUUUUUGGUUUUCUCAUGCCAUCCUGAGUUCCUUUUCUUCUUAUUAUUAUUAUUAUUCUUUUAUUUUACAUUGCUUUUUUUCUGGCUAAAAUGAGGCAAGUUCACUAAAAAGAAAGCAUGCACAGACUUGCUGUUUUGCUAUCUGUUAACAUUGUUAAUUUCAUACAUAGAACUACAGGAUUUACUUGAUAAUUUUCAAAAAUGUAUGAUGUACAGUAUUUAAUAUAGGCCUAUUUUGUUGUAUGUGUUGCAUAUUAUUCAAAAACCGAACAAACCGGGGCCUCUGUUACAAGUGGCAAAGCUUUCUGUGUAUAAUUUGUCUAAU